GGGGGCGGAGCCGGCGGGCGCGCGGCCUGUCCCGGUGCGCGGCGCGGCUCGGUUCCGCUCGGCUCGGUUCCGCUCGGCUCGGCUCGGCCCCGCCCCGCCCCGCGGGCGGUCUCUGCGGCGCAGUCGCGGCGCCGCCAUCGCGGGCAGAUGCAGGCGAUCAAGUGUGUGGUGGUGGGCGACGGAGCUGUUGGGAAGACCUGCUUGCUGAUCAGUUACACCACAAAUGCCUUUCCUGGAGAAUACAUUCCCACCGUGUUUGAUAAUUAUUCUGCCAAUGUGAUGGUAGAUGGAAAGCCAGUGAAUCUGGGCCUCUGGGACACAGCAGGGCAAGAAGAUUAUGACCGACUGCGGCCUCUUUCCUAUCCACAGACGGAUGUUUUCUUGAUCUGCUUCUCCCUUGUGAGUCCAGCCUCCUUUGAGAAUGUCAGAGCUAAGUGGUACCCUGAGGUCCGACACCAUUGCCCAAAUACACCUAUUAUCCUGGUGGGCACCAAGCUGGACUUGAGGGAUGAUAAGGACACCAUUGAAAGGUUACGUGAUAAGAAACUGGCCCCCAUCACCUAUCCCCAAGGCUUGGCCAUGGCUCGGGAGAUCGGGUCAGUAAAGUACCUCGAAUGCUCUGCGCUGACGCAGCGGGGCUUGAAGACGGUGUUUGAUGAAGCCAUCCGGGCUGUGCUCUGCCCACCGCCUGUGAAGAAGCCUGGCAAAAAGUGUACCAUGUUUUGAGGGCUGUGGCCUUGGUGUUGGCUCAGCAUGCUGUCAUCCUCUGACAGAUUGCAUAUUAAGCUGGGUGUUUCUGAAGGGGGCUGGGAUGUAUAGGGCCCUUCAUCAUGUACGAAGUCAGUGUUUUUUAAAUGUCUCUUUGAUUUAACGUCAGUGUUGAUGUGAAGGGGCAGUGGGGACAGGAGACCAGCUGGGGACUAUACAGACCCCAGGGGAGGUACAGCGGGGAAGGCAAGGUAGCUCCUUCAGGCAACAAGCUGUUUUGGCUCUCCUGAACUCCAAGUGGAAAGGGCUGAGACAUCCAUCCUGUUCUGGAAACACCUGUUUUCAACCUGCAGGGAAACAGGUGGUUAACAUUCUAGUGGGAGUGGGGAGGGAGCUGAUUUCAAUGGUGCUGAAAGACAAGAAGAGCUGGGAGGAUGGUAGGGUCUCCUUGCCCAGCCUGCUGUGGCUAACAGUUAACAAACUGGUGCUCUAGCAGAAUGUUCCUGAGACUGUUAAAAGAAAUCAUAACCAGCCCUGGAAGGGGUCAAAGUAAAUAAGAAGCUGAAAAAUGAAUCAUUAGGUGCUUUAUUGGGUACUAGCCAAACUCUGUGAGUGAAACAGCUCUGUGCAAUCAAUGCAUUUGCCUUUUUGUGUAUGCACACCCUAGGACAGCAUGGUGCUGCUCCCCCCCAUUAGUCUUUAGCAGGGCCUCCCCCCAAGAUCCAGUCUCUGCAGAGCAGGGCUGGGAUUGUUGCCUCUAUUUUUUUUUUUUCUACUAAAGACAACAAAGGAAGCAAUGAGGAGUCUGCUAACUUCUUUCCCUUCCCACUGAAAAUGCAGACAGACUCUGUGGAUUUGGAUGGAACAGGGAGAGCUUCUGAAGGGUUGUGGGGGGGGAACAGGGUUGGAAGAGAGGUCCAAUUUCUAAUCAUCAUGUAGAGUGACAAGAUAAAACCUUAUUUGGUGCAAUAAACAUUCUCCAUGAA